AUGACCGUCUAUUUGCAGGCAAAGCCGCUGGCCGCUGUGCUGAAGGAAGUGUGUGACGCGUGGAGCCUGACUCACUCCGAGCGCUACGCCCUGCAGUUUGCUGAUGGACACAGGAGAUACAUCACAGAGAACAACCGCACGGAGAUCAAGAACGGCAGCAUCCUGUGCCUCAGCACUGCCCCAGACCUUGAGGCUGAGCAGCUGUUGGGUGGGCUGCAAAGCGGGAGUCGUGAAGGGCGCCGGGAGGCCCUGCAGCACCUCGUCCUGCUGGCGCCAGACCUAACGUUUGCCCGGGAGGUCAUUAGCCGUGAUGGGCUUCAGAGGCUAGGCACCAUCAUUGAAGAUGGGGACGACCUAGGGGAGGUGUUGGCUCUUGGGCUGCAGGCCUUCUCGGAGCUUAUGGAGCAUGGUGUGGUGUCCUGGGAGACACUCAGCAUCCCCUUUGUCAGGAAGCUGGUGUGCUAUGUGAACAUGAACCUGAUGGAUGCCUCUGUGCAGCCCCUGGCCCUGGGGCUGCUAGAGAGUGUGACCUUGAGCAGCCCUGCCCUGGGCCAGCUGGUCAAAAGCGAGGUGCCAUUGGAUAGGCUGCUGGUGCACCUUCAGGUCAUGAACCAGCAGCUGCAAACCAAGGCCAUGGCACUGCUGACCGCCCUGCUGCAGGGGGCCAGCCCUGCUGAGCGUAAGCACAUGCUUGACUACCUAUGGCAGAGAAACUUCCGCCAAUUCAUCUAUAAGGUAGGAAGGACUGGGCCAGGGCGAUCCCUCUCCACUCCUUGUUACCUGGUCCCCUGCCCGUGCUCACCCCCAUGGACUGGCUGUCCCCCAGAACAUCAUCCACAGUGCAGCACCACUGGGCGACGAGAUGGCGCACCACUUGUACGUCCUGCAGGCCCUCACGCUGGGGCUGCUGGAGCCACGCAUGCGGACGCCAUUGGACCCCUACAGCCAGGAGCAGCGGGAGCAGCUGCAGGCCCUGCGCCAGGCAGCCUUUGA